CCAUAUUAUAUAUUCAAUAGGUAAAUUGAACGUAUUCCAUUGAACCCUAUGUUUUAAACAUGUUUGGUAGGAGCUUAGUAAGGUGUUGUCCUGGCGAAAUACGCACGCGCGAAUAUUACGCAUGCGCGGCUAUGCGUUAAUGAUUUGUCGCAUCUCAACGAAACACUCCGCCACUAGCUAGGUAAAAGAAAACUUAAAUGUUUCAUUAUGGCUGUUAGGAUAUGUAAGUUUUUACAUUUAUAACAUAAACGUUGUGAAUCCGGAGCCGGGGAGUCAAACGGUCGGAGGCAUGAGCUCGCCCAAGUUGAAUGAACGAUGUCCCAGUACUAUGAGCAAUGGAAAAAAACUUCUCAACAAUGACUCGAAAGAAGAUUCCCUAGACAACUCUAUUAGGGAAUCUAUUAAAUCGGAGAGGCAAGGAAGCAAAAAUGAGGAAGAUUGGAGAAGACGUACCAUCAUAAUUGAAAAGAAAAAUGGAAGUUACGGGUUCACGUUACAAAGCUACGGCAUACAUUACAAAAAGGAGCAGGAGAUUGAAGUGAUCACUUACGUGGACCAUGUGGAGGGCGACGGGCCGGCAGCUGCAGCGGGCAUGAGAGAGGGCGACGUCAUCCUGUCCAUAAACGGCACAGACGUGGAGCGCGCCGACCACGCCGCCAUCGUCGACGCCAUCAACUGCUGUGACUCCAGAAUGAGAAUGGUCGUCAUUUUCGAAGACUGCGUGCGCAAAGUCGAACUUCAUUUGAAAUACAUCAACUUGCAACGAGCAUUGCAAUCUAAGAUGAGGGAAUUAGAACAACUCACUCUCCGUGAAAGGCAGCUCUUUGAUUCGAACUGGAAGACACAUAGUUUGCCAUCACAAAAGAAGAAAACAUCGCCAACAGAUGUUAAUUCAGAUAGCGAGGAGAAUAUCGUUAGUGAUAAUAUCAAUAACACAUACUGCAGGCCUACACUUUCGAGUGAAAACGUGACCGCAGCUAAACCUCCGCAACCCAAUGUAUUUAUGUAUCAGUAUCUAGAUCCGCGUUAUGGAACCUGUUUGAUACAACCCAACUUGCGCACAGGCAGUUUCGUUAUAACUGUCGGCUCCCCAAGAAACAGGCGAGAAUGUCACCACUACAUAGUGAAGACACCGGGCCAGGAGUGCCACAGGGCUUCCGAAAAUUACAAAACAUCUAGUGGUAAACAUAACAAAGUUCAUCGGAACAGCCACAGCCACCAAGGAUGCACUCCAUGUAUGCCAGCUUAUAACAACCAGGACGCUAACAGUCUGGAGGCCUAUGAUCUUGCUAGUCCCUGUUGCGAUCCUCACUGCGUUCCCAAUACAAGAAAGAAAAUGCGGCGAAAGAGAGAAUGCUCUAAAGAACAUAAAAGAAAAGAAAAAUGUCAGCAAGUUGACAAAUCUACUCAAAAGCCUGACAGUGGAUCACAUAUGCGAACUAAGAAGGUAUGCCAGUCAGGGCAUUGUUCCAACCGCUAUCGAUAUUUAACAACGGAGUCUACCCAAACCAGUCAGUGUAGCCUCCAGUCUUAUGCAACGAGCAAUGCUACCGUACCAUGUGAUAACUCAGCAUCUAGCUACAGUACUUCGUUGAGCAGCGAUACCCUGUUUUGGGAUAAUGACAGGGGAGAAAAUAAAUCUUCGCCGAAAAUCCAGUAUCAAAGUAGUCACCAACAUGUCAAACCAAAGUCAUGGGAUAACUUAACGACCAAAGCCUUUGGAGGUUAUGGAUUUGGAUACGGGUAUUUGGAUACUACAACAAAACAAUCAAACCGUUCGAAAAGUCAUGGACGUAACCAUAGCAGUCGCAGUACGCAGAGUCACCACGAAUACCAGCAUCACGCACAAGAGAAGCAUUCGCACCGGCAGAGUGCGCCGCACCACUAUUCCGUGUACACCAGGAGCCACAGCCACUGCGCCGCGCCCACUAAGUCCACCGAGAGCCUCAUCAUGGUGCCCAAGUACCAAUUGGAAAGUAGCGGCUCCGAGAGCAGACUAGCCUGCGACUGUGUCGAAUCCAUUGAUUACUAUCGCAGAGUCAGUACUAAAAGCCCUGGGGAGAACCACUCGGCUGCUUACUAUACUCAACACUUUAUUUACCCCACACAUUCUUACAAAAAGAAGGACUCUAAUAUAAGUUCAGAAAUAACAAGGCUUUAAGAAAAAUGUGAGAUUUUAGAAGCAAUAUCGUAUCGUAACCAUCACUGCUCAAUCAUAGGCCUAUUAUAAACGAAAUUAAGAACAUCCAAUUGUCAUUUUAUUGUAGACGCUAUUUGUAUUUUUACCAAAUCUGCCAUUAAUCGCUUUUUACGUAACAAUUCUUAGUCUUUUUAUAAUAAAUUGAAUACCAACGAAA